AUGUCCAUGAUGUUCCAGUUGCCAUCUUUUACUUCACUUCUUUCUUGUUUCUUCUUCCUUUUGGUGGUGGCAUAUUGGAAGAGAUAUAAUAAAGCCCGAGGUGCCAUCCUAAAGUCACCACCAGGGCCGUGGAAGCUUCCUCUUAUAGGGAAUUUGCAUCAGUUGAUUAGCUCAGGAUCACUGCCUCAUUCUUCCUUGAGAGAUUUAGCAAAGAAACAUGGACCUGUUAUGCAGCUACAGUUGGGUCAGGUUUCGGCCUUGAUCAUUUCAUCACCAGAAGCAGCUAGAGAGGUAUUGAAAACGCAUGAACUUUGUUUUGCGCAGAGACCUGACUUUUUUGUGAGUGAAUUUGUCUCAUAUGAUUAUUCAGGCAUUCUUGUCUCUAAAUAUGGCGAUUACUGGAGACAAAUGAGAAAAAUUUGUGUUUCAGAACUCCUAAAUGCUCAGCGAGUCCAGUCAUUUAGAUCAAUAAGAGAAGAAGAGGUAUGGAAUCUUAUUGAAACUAUUUCUUCGUCCAACGGGCUUCCCGUAAAUCUCAGCAAGAAUUUAUUCUCCAUGACAAAUACUGUAAUUUCAAGGGCAGCAUUUGGGGAAAAGUGCAAAGGUCAAGAUGAGUUCAUAUCUCUGAUGAAGAAGUUAUUGGAGCUUGCUUCAGGCUUUAAUGUGCCGGAUUUGUACCCUUCACUUAAGUUUAUUGCUUCAAUCAAUGGUAUGAAGACUACCUUGAAGAGAUUACAUCAAAAGAUUGACAACAUUCUUCAGGAUAUAAUUGAUGAUCAUGAGAUAAAUAUGAUAAACACUAGCACUAUUACCGAUGCCCCUUCAUGCAAAAAAGAUCUUGUUGAUGUGCUCCUAAAACUUCAGAAGUCAAGCGACCUCAACUUUGAGUUAACAGCCAAACACAUCAAAGCUAUCCUAUUGGACAUCUACCUUGCUGGGGGUGAUAGUGGAGCAACAACCUUAGAAUGGACAAUGUCGGAGUUGCUAAGAAACCCAAAGGUAAUGGAGAAGGCACAAGCUGAAGUGCGCAAGGUCUUAGAAGGAAAGAGGAAAAUUGAAGAUACAGACAUCCAAAAGUUAGAUUAUGUGAAAUCAGUAGUCAAAGAAAGUUUACGAUUACAUCCUCCUGUAACCUUAGUUGCAAGAGAAUGUAGGGAAAGAUGUAAUAGUAACGGAUAUGACAUCCUUACUAAAACUAAAGUCCUUGUUAAUGUGUGGGCAUUAGGGAGAGAUCCAGAUUAUUGGGUCAAUGCUGAUUGCUUUCAACCAGAGAGGUUUCAUGGUUCUUCUACUGAAUUUAAAGGUAAUUACUUUGAAUUCCUUCCAUUUGGGGCGGGAAGGCGGAUGUGUCCAGGCAUAACAUUUGGUGUUGCAACUGUUGAACUUGCACUUACUCAAUUGUUGUACCACUUUGAUUGGAAACUACCAAAUGAGGUCAAACCAGAAGAACUUGAUAUGACUGAGAGUUUAGGAGGAACUUGUAGGAGAAAGAAUGUUUUGUAUUUAAUUGCCACUCCUCGUAUUCCUUUCCUCAUUGAGCCAUGCUGUCAAUAGGGUGUAACCUUUAAGAGUAUCUGAAAUAGUACCUAAUUUUAAGUGUAUGUUCGACAUUAAUGGAAUAUGUUAGUUUGGGUGGUACUCAUC